UUACCAGCGAGUGGUGACGUUUCUUACUGAGCGGAAGCUACUGGGACAUAUACUGCUGUUGGGGGUGAUAUUUAGAAAGUGGUUGGGGGGCUUCUAUAGCUUGCUAAGGGGUGGAAGUCCGGGCAGGGCCCGUCCCAUAAGGGGCGGAAAUAAGCGGCUGAAGACACCGGUAUAAGAAACUGGUUACACGAAGGUUUAGCCUGUUCACCUGAAAGAAGCCAAAAUGGUUUUAGCAGACCUUGGGCGGAAGAUUACGUCGGCUUUGCGCUCCUUGAGCAAUGCCACCAUUAUUAAUGAAGAGGUGCUCGGUGCUAUGCUCAAAGAAGUAUGCACAGCCUUACUUGAAGCAGAUGUCAACAUCAAGCUUGUAAAACAACUGAGGGAAAAUGUGAAGUCUGCGAUCGAUCUGGAAGAAAUGGCAUCUGGUCUAAAUAAGAGGAAGAUGAUACAGCAUGCCGUCUUCAAGGAGCUUGUCAAGCUUGUUGAUCCUGGAGUAAAAGCAUGGACACCCACUAAAGGAAAACCAAAUGUUAUAAUGUUUGUAGGAUUACAAGGAAGUGGAAAAACAACUACAUGUUCAAAGCUGGCAUAUUACUAUCAGAGAAAGGGUUGGAAGACGUGUUUGAUAUGUGCUGACACAUUCAGAGCAGGAGCCUUUGACCAGUUGAAACAGAACGCCACAAAAGCCAGGAUACCGUUUUAUGGAAGUUAUACAGAGAUGGAUCCAGUGAACAUAGCCUAUGAAGGUGUAGAAAAAUUUAAGAAUGAGAACUUUGAAAUAAUCAUUGUGGAUACGAGCGGUCGGCACAAGCAAGAAGAUUCCCUCUUUGAAGAAAUGCUUCAAGUUUCCAAUGCCGUACAACCAGAUAAUAUAGUAUACGUUAUGGAUGCCUCAAUUGGACAAGCUUGUGAAGCUCAGGCCAAAGCCUUUAAAGAUAAAGUGGAUGUAGCGUCAGUGAUUGUAACCAAACUGGAUGGCCAUGCGAAAGGAGGAGGUGCUCUCAGUGCCGUUGCAGCAACAAAGAGCCCAAUCAUUUUUAUUGGAACAGGAGAGCACAUAGAUGACUUUGAACCAUUUAAAACACAGCCGUUCAUCAGCAAACUCUUAGGAAUGGGAGACAUUGAAGGUUUGAUUGAUAAAGUGAACGAGUUGAAGCUAGAUGAUAACGAAGCCCUUAUAGAGAAGUUGAAGCAUGGUCAGUUCACCUUGAGAGACAUGUAUGAACAGUUUCAAAAUAUCAUGAAAAUGGGUCCAUUUAGCCAGAUUCUGGGGAUGAUUCCUGGUUUUGGGCAAGAUUUUAUGAGCAAGGGUAAUGAGCAGGAAUCCAUGGCUCGACUGAAAAAGCUUAUGACCAUAAUGGACAGCAUGAAUGACCAGGAGCUUGAUAAUACAGAUGGCGCCAAGCUCUUCAGCAAACAACCUGGGAGAAUUCAAAGAGUGGCCCGGGGAUCUGGAGUGUCUACAAGAGAUGUACAGGAGCUGCUAGCACAAUACACAAAGUUUGCACAAAUGGUUAAAAAAAUGGGAGGCAUCAAAGGACUCUUCAAAGGAGGGGACAUGUCGAAAAAUGUAAAUCCAUCACAAAUGGCCAAACUAAAUCAACAGAUGGCAAAAAUGAUGGACCCAAGAGUGUUACAGCACAUGGGUGGAAUGGCCGGCCUUCAGUCUAUGAUGCGACAAUUUCAACAAGGAGCUGCAGGAAAUAUGAAAGGAAUGAUGGGAUUUAACAACAUGUAACAAUUGCCUUCAAACACCGUUGACCCAUCACUUGGCAUCAUUCCUACUGUGAACUGCAAAGCUUCUCUGGCAGAAAGGUAGCCCUGAUUCUCCUGGAAGACCCCGUGAAAUAAAGUGGAUAAAGAGACUAAGAGAUUAUAUGUAGUCAUUUUACGAUGGUUCCUUCAACUAUUUUAACUUUUGCGUUGGAGUUUUGUUAACUUCAGACAAGGGCAAGGAUAUCAAGUUUUAAAUUAUAAAACAAAUAAACCUAUUUUGAAAAAAAAAAAACUACCAGACAUAAAGUAAGUUUUUACAACCAUGUUUGUAUACACUUCAAGCUCACUGGUAAGUCCCUGGAAAAUUUGUCUGCUGUAAAAUAAAUUUCUGAAUUAUUGUCA